AGAAUUUGUGGAUGUGUUUGGAAAUGUCAUUGAGAGAUGUCCUCUGAUUGCAGCAGCUGUCUGGUCCCAGCGUCCAUUUUCUGACCUGGAAGAUUUAGAGAAGCACUUUUUUGCCUUUAUAGAUGCUCUUCCACAGUCAGUAGAGAGCUCUUUGGGGAGACCUCCCUGCUUCUCAGCCCUCUCCUGGUGUCCUGGAGGCAGAUGGGAACACAGCCUCAAUGCUGUCUGGGUGACUGUAUCUAAUCAUCUUAAUGACAUUAGAUAAGUAAUGCUAGCAAUGGUGAUAAUAAUAACAGAUAACCAGCAUUUGUCGAACUUUUACCACUGGUGUGUUCCAGGCAAGCGCUCUACCACUGAGCCACAAACCCACCCAAGCCGAGGCUGGACACGGGGAGCAGAGGAGAACUACUCCAACGUGCAGUGGCCAAGAGGCAGGACACCCAUGGGAGGAGUUGAAAGCAAUGGUGUUAGAGAGGUGGGAUUAUUGGAGGGCAUCCUGCGCUGCCACCCGGACCUGGCGGGUCGCGAGCAGCAGCGGGGCACUCUCUCUGCGGAAUCGCAGCGGGAGCAAAGCGGCGCGGGCCUGACAAGCCUGGGCGCAGACGAGCGGCAGCAGCUGGCGAAGCUCAACGCGCAGUACCGCGCGCGUUUCGGCUUCCCCUUCGUGCUUGCCGCGCGCCUCAGCGACCGGGCGGCGGUGCCUGGAGAGCUGGAGCGCCGGCUCCACAGCCAGCCAGCGCAGGAACUGCGCACCGCCCUGGGCGAGGUGAAGAAAAUUGGCCACCUGCGCCUUGCCGACCUUCUCGAUGCGGACUCUUCCAGAUUGUAGAGGUUGCGUGAGUUGGGGACCCGGGACAACUGGCUGACCCGGCGCUGUGAGCGCUGCGCUGGAGGCUGACUUGGGCCUGGAACGGCGUCCACAAACGCGCAAAAAGGACGUGGAGAACUGAGGCAAUCAUACGAGUAAUGGGCCCUUUUGUCCACCCACCCACACGUACACGCGUCUCCAAAAUAUUUAUGUAAUGUAGUGCUUUGCCCCGAUUUAUCCAGCUCACUGCUUCAAUUCUUCACUCGCUUUGCCGCCUGCCGACACCACCAGCCUUUGUGGAUUCCAGAGCGCUUAUCCAGCCCUUAUUGGUUCCCCCACACUCUCCUGCUAAGCCUGAUCUGCAAAGCAAAACGAUGGAAAAAGGAUCUUUUAUUCCGCA